CUCUCUAUGCGUUAACUUUAUCUACAUUGGUAGUGACAAAUUGAAUGCAUCAACAAAUACAACAUACAACCAUAUGAAUAAUGCAAUGUUCUCAAUGCAUGCCAUGUCUGUGUUUUGUUCUGUUCCUCACACCAUAAAGUUCAAAAGGGUGACAGCUAUGGCCCACACAAGAGUUUAAGAUUAGUCACAAGUUCAUAAACCAAAAAGUGUCAUUCCAGAAGAACCUAUUUUUCUUGCUUUUGGAAUAAAAAUAAAAUUUCAAAAUUGUUGGUUCUGUGAAGAAAAUGGAGGGACAGAGGAAUAAUAACAACAACAAUAGUAUUGAGAGAGUGGUUUCACAGAAAGCAAUUCAGAUGGGAAGCUCAUUCCCAUGCCAAAUUUGUGUGGUGGGAUUUCUGUGUGGUGUUUGCCUCACUUCUCUGUUCUUGGCUGCUUUGACUUCAUUUGGAACCUUCCAGCUUGGUCCAAUUUCAUUCUCAUCACCCAUGUUGUUCUCAGUGGCUGCUUCUGAUUCUUCAUCAUCUUCAGGGAACUCAACUUUUCAUGAUCAUACCGUUAGACAUUCAGAGUGUGACUUUAAGCUUAAGCAAGCAGAGCGAUUAUCUGAAUCGAAUAGCAAUAAUGAGGGAGAUGAAGAUGAAAGAGUGUCAUUGCUUUAUUCAGCUUGGAAUGCAGAGCUAACUAAAUCGAAAACCGGGGGAGGUGGUAAUUACUUCAAGAAAGAUGGAACUAAUGUGUCCGAUAUUCCUAAUGCCCCACAUUUAGAAAAUUGCAAGGUGAAGACAAAGCUCUACGGCCGUCUUGAUCAGCGUACGGGGAACGAGAGCUUCCCACCAUGGACUAGUUGGAAGGGGUUCUUAGACACACAUCCUGUUGCUUCGUCAAACGAGCAGAUUAAAGAACUUAAGUAUCAGGCUGUUUCAGAGGGGACUUAUCCACCAUGGAUUGCAGGAUCCGAUGAAGAAAACUAUCCAAUGACUAGAAAAGUGCAGCGCGAUAUAUGGAUUCAUCAGCAUCCUAUAGACUGCAGGGACCCGAAUGUGAAGUUCCUUGUAGCUGACUGGGAGAGAUUGCCAGGAUUUGGUAUCGGAGCUCAGAUUGCCGGUAUGUGUGGACUUCUUGCUAUUGCAAUCAGUGAAGGCAGAGUACUUGUCGCAAACUAUUACAACAGAGCUGAUCAUGAUGGUUGCAAAGCGUCGUCGCGGUCUAGUUGGAGUUGUUACUUCUUUCCAGAAACAUCCCAGGAAUGCCGGCAGCGUGCAUUUGAAUUGAUGAAGAGCGAAGAGGCACGGAAUAACGGAAUUGUGACAAUAAAAGAAAGUUAUACAUCCAAGCACAUAUGGGCUGGACCAACUCCUAGGAAAUGGGGUACGCCGUGGAGUUAUUUGCAACCUACAACUGAUGUCAAUGGGAGCCUGCUGGUUUCUCAUAGAAAAAUGGAUAGAAGGUGGUGGAGAGCACAGGCUGUUCGCUACUUAAUGAGGUUCCCAACUGAGUACACAUGCAAUUUGAUAAAUGAGGCGAGCCACGCCGCCUUUGGAACAAUAGCUGCGAAAAUGGUUAUUGAAAGUCUUGCUGGAGGUUGGCCAAAGUUUGGUCAGCAAAGUGGUGAGAAAGAGAGGUCAGAGAUAAAUGAGUAUGUGUGGUCCAAUCACAAGCCAUGGAUUCCUAGGCCUCUCCUAAGCAUGCACGUGAGAAUGGGCGACAAAGCAUGUGAAAUGAAGGUAGUUGAGUUUGAAGGAUACAUGGAACUUGCUGAUAGGAUUAGGAGACACUUCCCAAACCUUAAUAACAUUUGGCUCUCCACUGAGAUGCAGGAAGUAAUUGAGAAGACCAAAAAAUACCCUCACUGGAACUUCCACUAUACAAAGGUGAGGCGCCAAGCGAGGGCAAACAUGUCAAUGGCAAACUAUGAAGCUAGCCUUGGAAGGGAGACAAGCACCAACUAUCCACUGGUCAAUUUCUUGAUGGCAGUGGAUUCUGAUUUCUUUGUUGGAGCAUUGGGUUCUACUUGGUCCUUCCUCAUAGAUGGAAUGAGGAAUACUGGCGGGAAGGUUAUGGCAGGGUACUUGAGUGUUAACAAGGACAGAUUUUGGUAGGGUUUCAUGUUUGUAAAAUUAGAUUACUCGUCAAUUAUAUGAUAGUAAUAUGAUCUCAUGAUUCUUUUUGUUAUGUGUAAUUAUUGUACAUAAGCCAGAACAUGGUAAAUUGGAGCUGUAAAAGAAUAAGUGAUUGAAAGAGCACACAUAUUCAGAUA